AUGGUUGACAGAGAGGAAAAAUGUCAAGGUAACAGAGGUGGAGUUGUCUGCUCUUUACCAAAAACCAACAGAACUUCCCCGAAAAGUGAAUUAAGAGAAGACAACAUUCGUAUUGCGGACACCACGAAGAAAGAGACCGACACAGCUAAGGCCGCCAUCAUAGCGUUUGCCCAGUCUGCCAGCGUCCUCGGAUUAAAGAACGCCGUCGACCCAAACUCCAGUCUCUUCAGGAGAUUGCUAUGGCUGUGCUGUGUCUUGGCGGGAACGGGGUUUCUCAUCUUCCAUAUGUGGAACCGCAUCAUUUACUACAGCACCAACCCCGUUGCCGUUAACAUGGAGGUGGAGUAUAAAUCCUCCUUGGAAUUCCCCGCCGUGACCAUCUGUAACAACAACGUGUUCCUCAACUCUAGUCUGAAUACUUCAGUGGACAGAGACAUCGCAUACACCUAUAUUCUGGGAGGACAGGUGAAGGACCGGUUACAGAGGAUUGAACACGUGAAUUUCUCCGACUACAACUGGACGGAGUUCUUCAAGAAACAUAGUCACAAAGCAAAGAACAUGUUCUCAUUUGGGCAGGAUUGUUUGUGGUCCACCCGACCACUCUCUCCGGCCAACUUUACAGAACGCGUAACACCUAUUGGCACGUGUUAUACGUUCAACGCAGGUUCUUCCCCCAAACUAAGUACUAAUUUCGCAUCUAAAUACGCGGGUUUGGAUUUACUGCUUGACGCGGAACUAGACGAGUAUUGGCCGAUUACCGUUGAGGCUGGCUUCACAAUAAUGAUACACGAGCAGGAUGAUGUUCCCGUUCCUCCUCUUCUUGGCAUUCCAGUGGCACCGGGUGGAAUCGUGGACCUGGUCCUGUCUGUGAAACAAGUGGAGAACUUGCCUCCUCCACACGGUAAGUGUCAGGAACGACAGCUGGCUUACUUUGACAAGUUCUCCACAGUAAACUGUAUUGAAGAAUGUUUUUUCAAUUUGACUCUGAAGCAGUGCUCCUGCCAGGUCCCCUGGGGCCGUUACCAUGACGACGUUCCGGAGUGCUCCCCAGUCGAGUUAUUACCGUGUUGGGAUGUAGACUUCGAGACAUUUUCUAUAGCCCUCAAUCGAUGUGGGUGCCAUGCCCCCUGUAGUGAGACUAUUUACGAAUACACCAUGUUCAGUUCCAAGAUGGCCGACGGUUACAAGCACGGACUAGUUGCAAGGCACCCAGGCACCACGGUGGAAUACAUAGACAGGAACCUCUUAAAGCUAAGGGUCUUCUACAAAUCCUUGACUGUAGAGAAGAUAACACAACAGGAGGCCUACAGCAUGCUGGCGCUGUUUGCCGAUAUAGGGGGCGCUUUAGGGCUUGUAUUGGGCAGCACUUUGAUGACAGCUGUGGAAAUCGUGGAUUUCUGCGCAGUUCUCGCGGUCCGGUAUUUACUUGGGAAAAAAAUUUGA